GCGCGUUUGCAGCAUGCUCUCGCGGACACGCGUAAUCUCCGUUGCUCGUGCUAGUCGCGAUUUGAAGCUCCUCCUUCACAUUUCUAUUUCCAGGUUGUAGCCAUUUUGAGAGCUAAACGGUGCGGAAGAGCUAACUUGGAAGAGAUCACAUGAUAUCUCUACCCAGGUUGUUAGAUAGGAACCACAGUGAGCACAGCAAGAUGUGGGACCAGGGUGGUCAGCCCUGGCCGCAAUGGCCGCUGAGCCAGCAGCAGUGGAUGCAGACUUUCCAGCACCAGCAGGACCCAGGCCAGGUAGACUGGGCCGCGCUAGCCCAAGCCUGGAUCGCCCAGAAGGACUCUACAGGCCCGGCCGUGGACCCGGCAAACCUCCAGCCCAAUGGCCAGGAGCCUCCUGGAUUGGACCCAACACCCCCCAGCAACCAUGGGCCCUUCCAGGCCGACCCUACCUUCGGCCGGAUGUGGCAGCCUGAAUGGAGCAUGCAUAGCCAGCCCCCCCCUCCACCCCCAGAGCAGGCCUGGAUGCCCCCAGGGACGGGACCUAUGGAUGUGGUGGCGCCCUCGGAGGACAGCAACAGCCAGGACAGCCUGGAAUUCAGCUCCGACGGUCCCCACGGGGCCUACCCCCCGAACAGCCAUGGGUAUGGGGCUCAGCCCGACUGCUACGCCACGGCCCCCAUGGCCAUGAACCAGUUUGAUUAUCAGCAUGGAGCAGCGGGCAACUAUGGCCCCACCCCGCCAGGCUUCCACCCCCCCUACUGGCAGGGCCCCCCCCAGGGCAGGCGAGACAGACCCCCGGGCUUCAGGGACCGCCAGAGGUCCCCCAUCCAGCUGCCUGUUAAGCAGGACAAUGCUGCUGCUCUGGACGCGGUGAAGAGGCGCACGUUGCCGGCGUGGAUCCGCGAGGGCCUGGAGAAGAUGGACCGGGAGAAGCAGAAGAAGCUGGAGAAGGAUCGCAUGGAGAAGGAGAGGGCCAAGAUGGCCAAGGAGGAGGGGAAGACAGGCGGGCCGCCGGAGGAGGAGGGAGACCCCCGCAUCCCCCGCAAGAGCAAAUUCGACAGCGACGAUGAGGAGGGCGACGAGGAAGAGGCCGGGGAGGUCGAGGAGAGAGGCCCCGCAAAGAACGAUGCGAGGAGCCGUAGCCCCUCCCCUGCCCAGGAAGGCCUCAGCGAACCAGAGAUGACCGAUGAAGAGCGAGACUUCCAAUUGAUGGUCCUGACCAAGACCCUGCUGACGGAGAUCCUGCUGGAGGUCACCAACGAGGAGAUCCAGCACGUGGCCAGAGACACGCACCGCAAAGCCACCAAAGCUCCUGCCAAACAGCUGGCACAGUCAAGCGCACUGGCUUCUCUGACUGGCCUGAGCGGACUGGGGGACUACGGCUCGGAGGAGAGCGAGGACGAGGAGCCGCCCAGCGCCCGGGCCUCCGAGUCGUCGGACACGGACGAGGAGGAGCUGCACCUGCGCAUCCAGGAGAAGCAGGACGCCUUCCGCCGCAAGGAGAGGGAGCUGCAGGCCCAGCUGGAGAGGCAGGCGCAGGAGGCCGCCAUAGCCCGGGAAAUGGCUUUGGACAGAGUGAGCAGAGAGAGGGCUGAGUAUGUGGAGGGCCAGCUAGACAGUCUGCAAAAACAGGAAGUCAGGGAGAGGGAGGCGGAGCCCGCGCUAGAGAGGCGAAGGUCACGCAGCGAACAGGAAGCCAGCGAGGUUAGGGGGGCGGGGCGAGGAGGGAAGCGGGCCGGCACAGUCUCCCCUAGCAACGGACGCAGCAGCUCCUCCCACUCCAGCUCCAGCCGUUCCAGCAGCCGUUCCUCCUCCCAUUCCUCCUCCUCGGCCUCCUCACGCUCCUCCUCGCGCUCCUCGUCCCCGCGCAGGAAGAGGAGGCGCAGCAGCCGCUCCUCCUCCCACCGAGGGAGCCGCCACAGCGGCAGCCGCCAUCGCCAUGGUGACAAGGCCCAGGAGAGGAGGCGGGACCGGAGCGAACGCAGCUCCUCAAGGGAGCGCCGGGCCAGCAGGGGGCGCAAGAGCAGGUCUGAGGACCGGGCCAGCCGCAGCAGGGAGAGAGACAGGGGGAAGGAGAGGGAGAAGGAGAGGGAGCGGGAGAAGGAGAGAGAGAAGGAGAGAGAGAGGGAAAAGGAGCGGGAGAGGGAGAAGGAGAGGAAGCGAAGCAGAGAGCGCAGGGACAGCUACAGCAGCAAGCACAAGCAGAAGGCCUCCAGCAAAGACAGGGAGAGGAGGAAAGACAGGAGCCGCAGCCAGGACAAGGACAAGAAGAAGAAAGAGAAGGAGAAGGAGUCUGACAGGAAGAAAGACAAGCAGAAGGCCAGGGAGAAAGAGAGGGACGUAGUGGUGGAGGAGAGCAACGGGAAGUCCAGGAGGCGGAGGGAGAGCGAGCAGGCAGAAGCCCCGAGCGACAGGGCGCCCCGGCAGGAGAGCAGGGCCAGUAAGAAGGGCUCCGCCAAGCCUAGCAAGAGACACUCGGACUCCGAGGCCAGCAGGUCUAGCCCUGAGCUUAGCAAAGAGAAGAAGUCUAGAAAAUCCAAACGUAGUCGCUCCAGGUCGACGGAACGUUCUCACAGGUCUGGUAAGAAGGCAAGCCGCAAACACAAGUCUAAGUCACGAUCAAGGUCCAGGUCUCCGUCUCGUCGCCGACGCUGAGGAGAUCAUGUCUGUGCCCCUCUUAAAUUCCAUGAGUUUAACAGGCUUGUCUCAUUGUCGAGGCAACAGUGUAGGUGGACUCUCCAGACCCCUCCCCCUACCCUCCUGCUCUCUUUCUUUCUCUCUACCCAUCUUCCUCUCCAUUUCUCCCCCUUCUACUUUGUAAAUAUGUGUUCUUUUUAAGUGAAGCCUGAAAACAGGACAUUUUGAAUGCUAGGGUUUUGCCUUGUAUCAUGCAAAGCGAAGUGCUUUGUAAGUGUGUAGAAUCUCUAAAGGUGUAUUAUUUUAAACCAUAACAGAAUUAACAGAAAUCACAAUGUUGAUGUAAUCCAAUAAAAGUGAAAUGGUCCCUU